AUGAGCAGCAGCACCUCCUUAUUGUUUCUCUCUCUAAAACCACUCUCAUCACCACCACCACCACCUCCUCUCUCCUUCCCCUCCACACUCACAAACUACCAACUAACCUUCAGAACCCUUCCAUAUCACAAAACUCCCUUCCCCAAAAUACCCUCGUCAUCUUUCAAGAAUGACAGUAACACCCCACGAGAAACAGAGUGCCCUGUUCCAUUCGACCAACAGCCAAUCAACGAGUACCAGUCACUCUCCGAUUCGUUCCCCUUCUCAUGGGCGUCCGGCGACGUCGUAUCGUACUGUUCGAGAUUGGCAGUGAGUGGGGCCUGCUUUGGUCUGUUGGUGGGCCUUCCUAUUUCCUUGUUCGGGUCAAUUGGCCCGAAAUCAGAGCCCGUUAUACUUGCUUUGGGCUCUGCUGCAACUGGGCUUGUGUUUGUGAUUCUUGCUGUUGUCAGAAUGUAUUUGGGCUGGGCUUAUGUUGGCAAUCGCCUCUUAAGUGCCACUGUUGAAUAUGAAGAGACAGGAUGGUAUGAUGGCCAGGUAUUGUUUCUCAACUAUUAUAUGAGUCUACUCAUGAGCUAA